GAAUCGGGACAGAUAUGGGGACAGAUAUAGGUUCCUUGUUCUGGAGAUCUGUCUGCUAGCAUGAUCAUUCUCUCUUACCAUCUACCUUUGCGUUAAACAGCUCGCUCGUAAUUUGACAUCUUUAGCAUCUACCAGCUCGAAAAGAACCAUGGCCGCUCAGUCCACGAUUCGCCAUGCCCGGCGUGAAGAUGUCCCCGCCAUUCUAUCCUUCCUCAAAGCAGGAGCAGCAGAGCAAGCCCCAGGCACCGAGAUACCCGCAACCGAAGCCCGCAUCGCCGCCACCUUCCACUUCGACCCGCCAUCAUCACACCCCCACGACCCGUCUUCUCCUCCUCCGCCUACUCCUUCUCCCACUCCUCCCGCGACCGCACCAACCCCCCAGUCCAACGGCCACUCGUCACCGCCACCCCUACCCCCCUUCGUCCGGGCCCUCCUCAUCAUAGCGCCCGAGACGGGCCAACCCGCCGGCCACGCCAUCUACUACUACAACUACAGCACCUGGAUCGCCCGCCCGGGCAUCCACCUCGAGGAGCUGUACGUGGUCCCGGAGUACCGCCGGCGCGGCUACGCCAAGCUCCUGAUCGACGCGCUGGCCGCCGAGGCCGCGAGGGCCGGGUGCGUCAAGCUGGACUGGGUGUGUUUGCGGGACAACGAGCGGGCGUUGCGCUUCUACGACGGGUUGGGCGUCGAGAGGAUGGAGAAUUGGAUGGUUUUGAAGGCGGAUGAGGAGGGGAUUGCGAGGUUGGCGGCUGGUAGCCGGCGGGGGGGAUAAGAUGGGUUGUUCUCGAGUCGAGGGGAUUUUGGGUGGGAAGCAUAGAUGUUGCGGCCGAGUUGAGACGAGAGGCUCAAUUUCGUUCGCUGGAAUGUCGGCAUGACAUCAAUCAGGGCUAGUUAGAGUAGAGAGCAAGCACAGUGGCACAAACGCGAACAAACAUAAGGCUUCCCGGCCGUGCAUAACCACCAAAGAAAAUGCCAAGCUCUCUGCUUCACAGCAGUCGAACAUGACUCGCAGC